UGUACCUAGGCCGUAGAAUGUGGCGCCGGAAACUCGACGUCAUUCUAAAGGUUCUGGUCAUUCCACCCCUAGUGACUACGUACCUAGCACAGGGCUAUUACCAGUUGACUUACACUACUACAUUUCGUUUCUCUGACUGGCGCCGAGAUGGUUAGCGAAACAACAUGACAAUGUAAAGCCACGUUUUGAUCUGCAUUGUUCUCUUAAACCCCGAAAGUUCCAUUGUUCGUUUCUAAUCUUAGCCAACCCUCAAAUCCCACCCGUUCAUUCCGUUGCCUCCAGGCUUAGGUGCUCUUCCAUCAUGUCCAUCGGCAUUCCAUGUAAUGACAGUGAACAUGGCAAGUGAAUCUUCCAAGCCUCGAGUGACCUUCCUCCCUGGUAGGCGCAAUCACAACUACGGUUUCCCCCCGGAAGCUUUUGACUACACGAGGUUACCCGAUGUCGACCGCGAAUUUCUUCCUCCCGAACACCUCGCAGCCUUCGCUUCGGCCCUGAACGCUCCCGACCCCUCGAACCAGUCCCCUAAUGAUACCACCUCUUUAUUAAGUCCAACUAGGAGCGUAAAUAGCCUCGAUAUCACGAGAUCGGGAUCAGUGGCCUCCGUCGAUUCCCCAUUUCCCGAAAGCGCCGCGACUCAAAAUGGCACCCAGGGGGGUAUGUUCAUUACGGCGCAGAACGAUUGGGCACCGGUGAAUCAGAAAGUUUCCAAGCAUGGACGAAGGAAGAAGAGGAAGACGACCGCACUCGGCCGCCGCACAGUAGACGAGACUCGGGAAGGCCACCUAUACGGUUUACUGAAGUGGCCAUUUCUCUUCUUCGUGGGGAUGUGGAUCAUAGGACUAGGCGUAGCGUAUCUAUGCACGAGACUCUACAUUUUCCUAUAUGAGCACUUUAUAGCCUGGAGAGGGAAGAGAGAAAGGCUCCGUCGAAAUUUGCGGGCUACUAGCAGUUAUCGCGACUGGGUGAAAGCGGCGAAGGAGAUGGAUGCUUUCCUAGGGAACCAACACUGGAAAGAGGAGAAUGAAUACGCAUACUACGAUUCUAAAACAGUACGCCGUGUCUGGGAACAACUACGUAAGCAUAGGAGAGCCGCCGAAGCGCAAGAAGCGAAAAAAACAAGUGCACUUGGGCACGAAAAUGGUGCGGGACCUGAUGAGGGCGAAGGCCACAAAGCCGUUGAAGAACUAAAAGCCUUGACGGAGGCUUGUGUGAAGAACAAUUUUGUCGGAGUCGAGAAUCCGAGACUUUACAGCCAGACUUACUAUGGGACCAAGAAUCUAGUCCAGAACUUCAUAGAUGAAGUGGAGAAAUGCACACGCUUCCUAGCUCAGACGAACCAGAUAUCCUUCGAAGAGAAGCGAGCAUUGUUCAAGAGAAUGCAUGCAAAUUACGGGCGCACGGCACUCUGCCUAUCCGGGGGUGCUGUCUUCGCGUACUACCAUCUCGGAGUGGUAAAAGCGCUGCUCGAAAUGGACCUGGUGCCAGAUGUCAUCACCGGUACGAGCGGUGGCGCUUUAGUCGCAUCACUCGUCGCGACACGAACUAACGAGGAGCUGAAGCAGCUGCUGGUUCCGGCGCUGGCACAUAAAAUCAAACCCUGCGCUGAGCCAAUCAGCGUCUGGUUUCCUAGAUGGUGGAAGACCGGGGCGAGAUUCGACUCGGUUGACUGGGCUCGGAAAGCUAGCUGGUGGUCUCAUGGCUCGAUGACAUUCAGGGAGGCCUACCAGCGAACUGGACGUAUCCUGAACGUCUCCUGCGUCCCGGCCGACCCACACUCGCCGACGAUCCUGUGCAAUUACUUGACGUCGCCCGACUGCGUGAUCUGGUCCGCGGUCUUAGCAUCCGCCGCCGUUCCCGGGAUCCAGAACCCGGUAGUCCUGAUGAUGAAGACGCCAGAGGGGAACCUGGUCCCGUACUCGUUCGGGCACAAGUGGAAGGACGGCAGCUUGCGCACGGACAUACCGAUCAAGGCGCUAAACCUGCACUUCAACGUCAACUUCACCAUCGUCAGCCAGGUCAACCCGCACAUCUCGCUCUUCUUCUUCUCGUCGCGCGGGGCGGUCGGGUCGCCGGUGACGCACCGCAAGGGCCGCGGCUGGAGGGGCGGGUACCUCGGGUCGGCGACGGAGCAGUACAUCAAGCUGGACCUGACGAAGUGGCUGAAGGUGCUGCGGCACCUGGAGCUGCUGCCGCGCCCGCUGGGCCAGGACUGGUCGCAGCUGUGGCUGCAGCAGUUCAGCGGCACGAUCACGAUCUGGCCGCAGGCGAAGCCGAGCGACUUCUGGCACAUCCUGUCGGACCCGGACGCGGACCGGUUGGCGAGGAUGAUACACGAGGGCCAGCAGUCGGCGUUCCCGCGCCUCAAGUUCGUGGCGAAUAGGUUGAAGGUCGAGAGGUUGAUCGAGAGGGGAAGGAGGGAGACGCUGGGAGGGGGGGUCAGGAGGGGCAGUAUUGAGAGUAUUAUUGACAGAGAGGAUUUGCAGAGUUUGCUUCGGGGGAGUAGUGGGUCGACGGAUGGGGAGACUACGGAGGCGGAGGUUGAUGGGGAGGACGUUGGUGAGGGUGAGGAUGAGGGGGAGGUGGCGUAUGGUGAUGAAGAGGUUAUUGAAGAUGGGGACCUCGAGGAGAAGUUUGAGACAGAUGCUAAAGAGGACUGAAGUUCUACUGAGCAGAGGUGUGUUAGGUAGCAAGAGAAUUGUCUACAUUUUGUCUUUUGGCGGAGUUGGAAGGUUAAGAUGAAGCUUGAGGGGGCAUACAGUACAUAUCAUAUACAUAGGUAAUUGUAAAUAUAGAACGGGCGCAUCAUGAUUCCUCGGAGUUAGGUAGAGGGUAGAGGUUGUUGCAUAUUUUUUUUUAUCUAUUUUUAUUUAUUUACUGUGGUGUUUUAGCCUGCAAGAAAACAUCUAGGCAAUUAGAUUGGC